GAGAUAAAAAUGGCUAAAUCAACUUGCUCGGGCCCAUUGAAGCCCGCAGUUGUUUAUCAGAAGCUGAUGGUGGAGAACUUGACAGUCAUACGACCGCCGAUACUAAAGAUAUAUUAUUGGGAAAGUUUUGAUAUUACAGGGCUCAACAAGAAGCUUCGUUCCAAUAAGGCGGAGCAUGAGCAUGUUUUGGCCGUUCCAGUGCGUCAAAUACAAAGUCAGCCCCUCAAGAUGCUCUUCUGGUUGCGGAAUAUGUCGUCAAAGCCCCUCGAGUUGAAAUUGAAGCGUAUUCAGAACUGCAAUUGCCAACCCUUGCAAACUAGAGUAGGCUUCAAUCAAUUCCGUCAGCUCUUCCACUGUCCACAUCGUCGCCUCAUCCAUGUAAGUCAAGAGGUUCUCAAUCUACAGCCAGAUGAAGUACUUCCUCUGACUGUGACCGCAUACUUUUUUCUUUACGGAGAGCACUAUCUAACUUAUGAGGUCUACACUGGAGAUAAUCGCAAAUUUGUGUGGAAUUUCAAGCUUGAAAUUUCAGCAUUUGAUUCGGAAAAAUGUUUACUGACCAAGGAACUGCUGCCCAUAAAUAUAAAACACUUUCAGCACGUUACUCAGCCGAUCUGGGUUCAGAAUAUAACCAUGACACAUCUGGCAUUUGCUUUUGCCUCUCGAGAAAGAAACUUCAAGUUGCACAAUUCGAAUUUGACGGUGCCACGUCAGAGUGUCUGGCCCCUUUUGGUCGAAUACCGUCCCUUGGACUAUGAAAAUGAGAUCGAGUUAAUACUCACUUAUGAUAAUACCAAAGCCAAGUAUAAAAUCAAGGCUCGUGGCGUGAUCAAUGAUGAUAAUGAAGUCACCGAUAUGCCGCUUAAGGACCGGGAGUCCUCUGAUUAUCUCUACGUUAUAUAUCCGAAUCGAUUAAGCUUCGAGAUAACUAUUAAGGAGAAUCGCACCCAACUGGUCAAUGUGCAUAAUUAUGGACAGAAGUGUAUGGAGUUUCGUUGGCAAAACUAUAUAAUAAGUGACUUUUUCGCGGUCACUUUCGAGCCGGCCGUGUUCCGAUUGAAGGGUCAUCACUCGAAGCUCUGUGAGAUUAAGGUUAGUGUCUUUGACCGUCUCGUUUUCUUUCGUCGCAUUCCCAUUGUGCUGGAGGUCCAUCGGAUUUUGGAUCGUGCAACACAAAUAGCCAAGGCGGAGUUGGCGGAGAUUGAGUCUAUAGAUGAUCCCAAGUGGAAGGAAGAUAGUUAUGUGGAACAUGUAUUUCUUCACCUUAACAUACGUGUCCAUUCGCGUAGUAAUGAGAUGAAAGCUGAGGAUAUGGGAGAUGUUAUUGACGGCACCUGUCUGCCAUGUGGAGGUGUUGGCACCGCGGAAGCUGGGGCAGCUGGAGAUGGUCCUCCAGUUCCACCAACUGAUGAGCAACAAAGGAUGGCCGAGCGGGAGGAAGUUGUGAAGCGUUUGUCAAUGAAACGCCAUUUAAAUGCUAAUGAAAUUAUUGAUCUGAGCAUGGCCAUCGAUCAUCGUAAUACAAUAUUCGAGAAACUCUUCUGGAAGUAUCUAUCCAAGUCAAACUUUAUGCGCAUUACCCCGGAACGGACACGUAAGAAAUUCAACAAGACCUAUGAACAGGUGAUCGAUGCGAAUCAACCAUCAAACUUGACAGUGGAAAGUCGUGCCUAUGUGGAUCAUAACACUAUCCUAUCUAUAAUCAACCGUCUCAUGGUGGAGGGCAUUAACGAUCUGGCCAAGAACUGGAUAUUUAUACCCGCCGAAUAUUAUGACCGUACCAAUUAAACUUUCAAGUUCUUAGCGUUGUAUGUUCUCUAAAUGUGUUAAAUGCAUAACGUAACCUCAAA